AAGAAUAAAUAAAAGCAUGAAAAAACUAUCGUUAUUAUUCUUAAUAAUAUUAAUAUAAUAAUCACAAUCAUAAUCAGAAACAUAAUCAUAACCAUAAACAUAACUAUAAUCAUAAUAAUAAGAAGAAAAAUAUUAAAAAUGCUUAUGUUAAAAAUAAUUAAAAUAUCUUUCUGAUCCAUUAGAAAUAGAAGGAAAAGCAUCUGUAGAUUUAAAUGACACUUAAUUUUUAUUAUAAUUUUCUUAUGAAACAAAAGAUAAAGAUGCAUCAACAGCUCUUAAAAAUAAUAACGAUGUUGUUAAUAAAGUAUUAGAAGAAUUAAAAAAAGAUGAAUCAUUAACUAUUUCUACUAAUAGUUUUUCUAUUCAAAACGAUUAUGAUUAUGUAUAAAAUUAAGUUACAUAAAGAAGAGAGAAAUAACAUGUAGGAUAUAAAGUUAAAAAUUAGAUUUAAGUAAAAUCUUCUGAAUUAGAAAAGGCUGAAGAGGUGAUUUAGACUGCUAUUGAAAAUGGAUUUAAUACUGUUGAUUUUGUUAAAUACUUUCCUGAUGAUGAAUAAAUAUAAAAAGUUAAAAAUGAAUUAAUUGGUGAAGCAGUUAAAAAUGCUUAAAAAAAGGCAGAUAUAAUUUUAAAAGAUCUCUAAUAUAGUGUUGACAGUUUAAAAACUUCUUCUAUUGAUUAUUAAUAAAUAAAAGGAUAAAAAAUGACUAUGCAUGUUACAGUAGAAUUUAAUAUUAAAUAAAAUAUUACUGAAAAAAAGAUAAUUGAAAAAAAUUAAAUAUUUUUUAUAAAUGAAAAAAUUCUUAGUUUAUUUUAUAAUAAAAUAUAUUUUUUUUAUUAAAUUUGUGAUUUUUUUAAAUUUUCUAUUUAAAUUUAUUAAUAUAUUAUCUUUAUUAAGUUUUUUUUAUUGAAUAAUAAUAUAAAAAAAAUAUUUUUAAAAAAUUAUAUAUUAUAUAUAAGAAAGCAAAAAUCUAUUAUUGUAAAAAAAAUAUUAAUUUUAAUUUAAAUUAAACAAUUUUUAUAAAAAAAUGAAAAAAAAUAUUAAAAAAUAAUUAAAAUAAACAUUUUUAUUAUUAUUAUUGUUUUUUUUUAUUAAUAUAUAAAAAAUAAAUGUAUUAAAAUAAUUUAUAGAUAUAUUUCAGUAUUUAAAAAAAAAUGUUAUUAUAUUUUUUUAAUUUUCUUAUGA